CUAAACAAAAUCUUGUAAAGCGCUUCGCAGUUCGUACAUCGACUCCUGUCUUCGUAUUGAAAAAACAGGAACCGGCGACCGUCGUUUAGGAGAGUAAUACACGAAGUCAGAACAGCGACGCCGUUAAAAUUUCACUUCUCAUAGAGACUGCCGCCGCGCGGAGCAGGUAACUUAAUCAAUAAGUCAGGCGGAAAAAUGGUGAGUUCGAAGGACGAUUCCGCCACCAAUAGCGACAGUUCCGGCGACGACAUACCGGAAUCGAAUUCCAGCGUUUACUCCGAAGGCGAGAGAGUCCUCGCCUAUCACGGCCCUCGUAUCUACGAAGCCAAGGUUCAAAAAGCGGAGCUCCGGAAGAAGGAAAGGAGAUAUUUUGUUCAUUACUUGGGUUGGAACAAGAAUUGGGAUGAAUGGGUAGGCACAGAUCGGUUAAUGAAGCAUACUGAGGAGAAUGUCAAGAAGCAGCAGGCUCUGGACAAGAAACAGGGUGUAGAGAAGAUUGCAAAAUCAGGGCGUUCAGCUCAAACCAAACCUAAAAACUCUACUGAUCUGAAAGCAGAUAAAGAGGACACAAAGCACAACGUUGCAAAAGGGAAAAAACGCAAGGCUGACUCUGGCACUGAGAAGGAAAAUGCAUCUGUUGAGAAACUCAUCAAGAUUCAAAUUCCAUCCACUUUGAAGAAGCACCUUGUUGAUGAUUGGGAAUUUGUCACUCAACAAAAUAAGCUUGUACAUCUACCCCGAUCACCCAAUGUUGAUGAUAUACUGACAAAAUACCUUGAAUACAGAGCAGAAAAGGAUGGCAUGAUGACUGAUACAGUUGGGGAAAUUCUCAAUGGAAUACGCUGCUACUUUGACAAAGCCUUGCCGGUUCUGCUUUUGUAUAAAAAGGAGCGCCAACAGUAUCAUGAAGCAGUUUCAGAUAAUGUCUCUCCAUCAAGUGUAUAUGGUGCUGAACAUCUUUUGCGUCUUUUUGUUAAGUUGCCUGAAUUGCUUUCUUACGUGAAAAUUGAAGAGGAGACAUUGAUCCGCUUGCAGCAGAAAUUGUUGGAUUUUCUAAAAUUUGUGCAGAAAAAUCAGGGUGCGUUUUUUGUUUCUACUUAUGAAACUGCUAAAGCUUCUGAUGGAUCUGGCAAGGUGAAAGACAGUUGAACACCCAACACUAUCUAUCUGUUCAUCCAAACAUCGCUUACUUGAACAUGCUACUGCCAUUUUCUUUUUUCCUUUGCACUAGUAUUCAUCCGGGACACACAUAUGUAUGGGUUAAGAGAGCCGCAGCUGCAGCUGCUUGGAGGAAGAGCCAAUCCCUGUUUCCCUGUAACAAUAGUGUUAACUGCUGUAUAAAUCUUAAUGCUCUGUGCAAAUUGAACUGUAGCUGCUGAUUAUAUUGCCUGUAUCAUGAAAGUUUUGUACUAUUGUUUUAACAGUCAAUAACACAUUCUAUUCUUUUCU